AUGGAGAGCAAUUGGACAAUAUUCCCGCACGUGGGCCUGCGAUCGCCGAAUCUGACGAACACCACCGUAAGCCUGCAGGAGAACUUCGAAAUAGACAUUGAAGACACGAACUGGAUCUUGACUUCUUCUUUUAUAAUCUUCACUAUGCAGACCGGGCUGACGUACUGGAUAUUUGGUUACGGCCUAUCCUUCGGCCAGGGUUCAUGGUCGAACCCUUUUAUUGGCGUCGGCGACUUCCUCCUGGAUCCGCCGGUUGGAGACGCUCUCAUGGGGCCGGUUCUCGCUUCGUUUCUUUUCCAGCUGUCGUUUGCAACGACUGCCACGACGAUUGUUAGCGGUGCUAUGGCUGAAAGGUGUAACUUCAAAGCGUAUUGCAUGUUCUCCUUCUUGAAUACUAUCGUGUACUGCGUCCCCGCUGGGUGGGUGUGGGGCGAGCAUGGCUUCCUCAGCAAGCUAGGCGCCGUGGACAUCGCUGGAUCUGGACCGGUACAUCUUGUUGGGGGAUCGUCAGCAUUUGCCUCAGCACUGAUGCUGGGCCCUCGGUUAGGCCGAUACGCCAACGGGAACUCGCCGCUGCCUUUGGGUAACCCUGUCAACGCUGUCAUGGGGACGUUUGUCCUGUGGUGGGGCUGGCUAGCUUUCAACUCUGGGAGCACCUACGGGACAAUACCUAGGAGGCUAGGAAGCGACGAGGCGAGUGAGAUCAGUCCAGCCGGCUCCGUAGACCGUCAGCUUAACAAUGUCAGUGGAGCAAAAUGGCAGUAUGCAGCUCGAGCGGCGGUUAUGACGAUGAUGGGUUCUUUCGGUGGCGGUUCUUUUGGCAUACUGUUAGUA